AACAGAUUGAUGAUGAUGAUGGGGUGGUUCUUGUAAUAAACAACAAAUCAUCUGCGAAAAAUCCUGCUAAAAGGCCAACCACAUUAACUAGCAUACCUAGACGUACAAGCAGCAUUCCUAAUAUUGAUGCUAAACCACGUGAAAGAUCAAGUGUCUCUAUUAUACCUUCUUCAACGUUUAAAUCGAACUUGAAUAAUGUCAAUCUUGUCCAUCGUCCGUUAGAGAAAAUUAGCGAUUCUGAUAGUUCAAGAAGAGGUUCAAGAAUUACACCAAAGCAAUCGAUAUCAAAUUCUUCAACUAAUAAAUCUCCUGUUCGAAACGUAAAAAGUCAUUUAUAUAAUAAUGCUCAACUUUCAAAAAAUAGUCCUCCUGUUUCUCUUAUAGUUACGCCAAAAAGAGACAGUGCUAAGAGUUUAUCCUCUGUAUCUUCUUCAGCUUUAAUACUGAACAGGAACUCUUAUUUAAAAAAGAGUCCUCCUAUUUCUCCUAUUAUUACACCAAAAAGAGACAGUGCUGGAAAUUUACCCUCUACACCAUCUUCGACUUUAAUACAGAACAGA